AAGUGUUUGAAAAUUUAAAAUUUAUUUAUAUGUAUAUAUAAUAUUUAAAUUUUUCAUUUUUACCAUCAAUCUAAUAGAAUAACAUAUCGUUUAAAAAAAAUCUUGUGUCAAAUAACAUAUAAUUUCAUAUAAUUCAAAAUGAACUUGAGUGAUGGGGAAAAAACUUUCAUUCUUCAUGGAGUUGAGAUGAAUUUUCGAGUAGAUGGUAGGGAAAGGGAGGACUAUAGGCCUAUGGAAUUGGAGUUAGAUGUUGUUUCACAUGCUUUUGGUUCUGCCCGAUUAAGAUUAGCAAACACAGAUGUUUUAGUUGCUGUUAAAAUUGAAGUGGAUACACCUUUCCCAGAAAGGCCAAUGGAAGGUAAAAUAGAAUUUUUUGUAGAUUGUUCUGCUAAUGCAACUCCCAAUUUUGAAGGACGAGGUGGGGAGGAUUUAGCUAUAGAAUUGUCAAAUUGUCUUGCCUCCGCCUACAGUUCGAAUGAAGCUCUAGAUUUAACCAAACUUUGUAUAAUGAAAGGGAAAAAGUGUUGGAAGUUAUAUGUUGAUAUUCUGUUACUAGAAGUAGGAGGUAAUUUAUAUGAUGCCGUGUCUAUAGCUGUGAAAUCUGCAUUAUGGAGUACACAAGUGCCUAAAAUAAAAGCAUUGAAUGUAGAUGGUUCUAAUGUAGAUAUUCAAGUACUAGAUGACAUUCACAGUUGCACAAAACUUGAUACACCAGGAGCUCCUCUUAUGGUAACCCUUUGCAAAAUAGGAGAAAAAUGUGUAGUUGAUCCUGAUGUGGCUGAAGAACAAUGUUCCUCCGGAGCAGUCGUAGUUUCUGUUAGUAAAGGGAAUAUAAGCACUAUUUUACAAACAGGAACAGGAUCUUUUCAUCCAGAUACAUUGAAGGAUUGUUUGAAACUUGGUGUUAAUAUAGCUGAAAAACUUGAAACAGUAUUGCUGAAAACCCUUAAUGAAAUCCAACCAAAUCAAGAUAUUGGUUUCUUAAAAUGAUGUAUUGUUUAAUAAAGUUUUUGGUUAUCUCAAAA